GUUUUAAAUAUAGAAUCCACUGAAGAGACAGAAGAUACUACUUAAUCAAUUUUGUGUGUUAUAUAUAUAUAGAAGUUUGCAAACUGUGGAAUUUAAUUAGCUAGACCUAAAAUCGCCAGCUACUCAAUUCCCUGCAAAAUCUCAUCAAUGGAGACACGAUAUGUCUCUCAAAAUUCCAAGAAAAGAGUAUUUCCAGGUGGGAGUUCAAUUGAUGCUGAGGUAGUGGAAAUCUCGCGACCUGCCAAUUGGAGUUCGAAAUCGAAGUCUCCUAAGCAAAAGGAGGUUAUUUUCCAUGAAAUAAUAGAUAUUGAUGUGGAUGAAGAUUGUAGUGAUGUUAAUCGUGUUGAUGGAAAUGUAGAAUCUAGUGGCAAGGGAAAGGAUAUUUUGGUCGGUGGACCAGUAGAUGGGGUUCAGUCGUCAAAGAACAACUGCCCUUCAGCAUCUGAUAAUCCAAUUGUGUUAGAUGAUUUUGGUUAUGAUGACUUACUGUAUGACGACUCACUGUAUGACGACUAUUCUGUUUUGCAAUCACAUUUUGAUUACAUGGAUAUUCCCACUGGAGUUGAGGCUACAAUCCCAUGGAUGUCGGGCCCCAUCAAAGAACAAACGGUGUCAACCACUACCAGUACUUCAGGGAGAGUCGUUGGAAGUUCAAAUGAGAAGAGUUUUGAGGGAGUAAAUAGUUCAAAGAUCCACUCAUCCGGUGCUACAGCUACUUUGGAUUGGCAUAACCAAUCUAAAAUAUAUGAAGAGUCAUUAUCUCAAUAUGGAAAGAAAAUAGGUUCAUCCGAUGCUACAGCCUCUUAUGGUUGGGGCAACCAAUCAAUUCCCCCUAGUGGGUCUUAUUUCUCAAAAUACCCCAUGGGACCCACUCCCAUGUCUGAUUGGACCAAUGUAUUACUUAAUCAAACCACUCCGGUUUCAUCUGAAUUUACUCAUGCAUCAGGUUCUAUGAACUAUUUCCCUCAGAGUUUGCAUAAAAGUGCAGCAACUGCAGCAAGUCCUUCAAUUCCCUCGGGACAAUUAGGUGAAACUCUGAAGAAAUUCCGUCUUUUCAAAAAAUUUGAUACUGUUGAUGAUCAUUCGGACCAUCACUAUUCUAAACAGGCUUCUUCAGGGAACCAGCCUCCUAAGAAUUGGGCCAAGAAAAUACAGGAAGAAUGGAAGAUACUGGAGAAAGAUCUGCCUGAUACAAUAUUUGUCAGGGUGUACGAAUCAAGAAUGGAUCUGUUAAGGGCAGUUAUUAUGGGAGCUGAUGGGACUCCAUAUCAUGAUGGCCUUUUCUUCUUUGAUGUUUUCUUUCCAAGCAAUUAUCCCAAUGUUCCGCCGCUUGUGCACUACCAUUCCUUUGGCCUUCGAAUCAAUCCUAAUUUGUAUAACUGUGGAAAAGUCUGCCUGAGUCUUCUUAACACUUGGAGUGGCAAAGGGAAGGAGAAAUGGAUGCCUCGUUCUUCUACUAUGUUACAAGUUUUGGUAUCCAUACAGGGGCUGAUAUUAAAUGCAAAGCCCUAUUUCAAUGAGCCAGGUCAUGCAAGCUCGGAAGGGACAAAAAGAGGGGAUGAAAGCUCACUGCGGUAUAGUGAGAAUACGUUCAUUCUAAAUCUGAAAACAAUGGUCUUCUCCAUGAGGCGGCCACCAAAGCAUUUUGAGGAUUUUGUAAUAGGGCAUUUCUUUCAAAGUGCUCAAGAUAUUCUCGUGGCGUGUAAAGCAUACACGGAAGGUGCCCAAGUAGGUAGCCUUGUCCGGGGUGGUGUUCAGGACGUUGAUGAGGGCGACAAAAGCUGCUCACCAACUUUCAAGGCUUCUUUAGCCGGGUUCAUCAAGACAGUUAUAGAUACAUUUAAAGAGAUUGGUGCAAGGGAUUGCGACAAAUUUCUUCCCUUGGCACAGAUAGGGACCGGAGGAGUAGUGCCAGUUGUUCCUGCGAACGCGAGCUAUUAUUAUGGUUGACCCAUAUGAGAAUGGUUGUAGAGAGAUGCUGACAUUGAAUUUUUACAAUAGAUGGAAUUGAGACUAAUGUUGACCAACUAGUUCAAUUUUAAUUGGGUAAAAUAUGAUAUAGCUUUAUACUAAUGCUGUUUCCAGCUUUAUUCAGAUUCUUGUUUUUUUUGAGUUCUUAAACAGCAUAAGGAGAGCUCUUUAGAGAAUGAUGAAUGGUGUAUUCAUCUGAUUUAUGACAUGUAUAGAUCCAGCUACUAUAAUUUAUGUAGGCUUAUUAUUCCCGUUC